AUGCUUGGUUCGUGGCUGACGAGAACUGUCUCUAAGUCGCUGGAAUUUUGGAGAUCCUACUCCGCCAAGUCUGGGAUCCUAGAAUCUGACUACACGGCGGCAAGGGAGUGGUACAGCAAACCCAACACAUUACAGUCUUUGCGCGACAUCGGAGAGGUGACUUAUGCCAGAUCCAGCGGUCCUGGUGGUCAGAAUGUGAACAAAGUCAACUCAAAGGCACAGUUGCGUGUCCCUAUCGAUCAUCUCCUUCCUCUAAUCCCUGUUGUUCUGCAUCGAGGUAUCUUGUCCUCCCGGUAUUAUGCUGAGAAGUCGUCGAGCUUGGUCAUCCAGGCCGAUGAGAGUCGAAAGGCUCAAGUAAACAAGGAUGCCUGCUUCCGGAAGCUCAACGAAUUAAUAUUGGAUGUGUACAAUGCUGCCGUUCCUGGUGAGACGACAGAGGCACAGAACGAAAAGGUCAAAAGGUUCCAAAAGGCAGAAAAUGAAGCUAGACUGAAGAGGAAGAAAAUACAAUCCAGCAAGAAGCAGUCAAGAUCAAAGGGAGAUCUAGAUUAA